GAACACCUGAGAACCAUACUAGUCGACAUGCACGCGAUUGAUCCCAGGCGCCCCGAACUCUGAUUGCCCGUUGUCCAUUGAGCCGCCCAAGGUCGUGGAAAAGGCGCGAUCAGUUUUGAAGGUUGUCCACCCCCUUGUCCGAGCUCGUGACGAAAAUAUUGAAUAUUGCUUAAUUCUCAUGUCGUGAAAAUGACUUUGCUUUACUGUUUCAUACAAGGCUUUUUUCUAUGACAGUUGACAAUGAACAACGUGAUGUUAUUGUACCUAAUGGGUAAAAAUAAAAGCUUAUGUUUCGUAUACUGCUGUGAAGUGCCAGGCAGUUCAAAGUGGCUGACCACUUUCAUGACGAGGUAUAGCACACGGAGGUUUUUUGGAUUAUUAUCCAUUAGUCGCAUCACUAUGGCCAUCUAAAAUGAAAAUUAAUAACCCAACCAUCUCAAUAGACUUUCAAAUUUUCUCCUUCAUGUCUUCUUGCUGAGGACAUGCAUCCAACGUUAGCAGUUGCUCUUCAGAUGACAAAGAGAAAUGCCAACUUGAUCGUCCAAUACCAAGUCAGUCAGCUGUAACGUAGGACCAGGCACAUAUAUGCAUCGGUUUAAGGUGCCGUACCAAGUUUUCUCUAAACCAAAACGCGGUCUCAGGCAUUUAGGGGCUGGUCUACCAAUUUUCCAGAGGAGCCUGACGCAAUAAACCUCCUUGAUCUCAAUGAGAAGAGCUUCAGAAAUGGAACUGAGAAAAUAAUCUGAAAGUUUGGUCAAACGUUGAAGAUUUGGUUUCUGCUCUCCACAUUUUCAGAGUUUUUGGAACUGAGAGAUAUAAAGAUCAUAGUUGCAUAAUUACAUUUCCUGCUUAAUGUUGAGUAAAGGCUGUGCCAUCAAUAUUUUAUUCGCUAUUCAAAAAAGUUAUUUCAUUCCUUUGAGACAAUAUGCUGAUGGACAAAUAACUUCGUCUAUGUAUUGUAGACUUGUUAAAGAAGGAAAAAUUAAGCAUGAUGAUUUCCAAUUUUCAAUUGUCAGACAACUUGAUGGACUUUGUAAGGAGUUACACUCAUACUAUAGCAGAAGGCGAUUAUUAUCAGUGAUUAGUAGUCAAAGUGCUCCUAGAGGUAUUUAUCUGUACGGUUCUGUGGGUUGCGGGAAGACUAUGUUAAUGGAUUUGUUUUAUGAGUGCUGUAGUCUCGAUUACAAGUGGAGAACUCACUUCCACUCAUUCAUGUUUGAAGUACAUGGAAGGCUACAUUCUGUUCGUUCAUCUGCUCCAAGAAACAAAAAAUCAUUUGAUCCUAUUCCUCCAGUAGCAAAAAGUAUCAUUGAUGAAUACAAAUUGUUAUGCUUCGAUGAAUUUCAGGUUACAGAUAUUGCAGAUGCAAUGAUAUUAAAACGAUUAUUUGAGAAUUUAUUUAAUCUUGGCGCUGUUGUUGUUGCCACAUCGAAUCGUUGUCCGGACGAUCUGUACAAGAACGGAUUACAACGUGUAAACUUUGUACCUUUUAUAGGUCUUCUUAAAGAAAAGUGUCAUAUAGUCAACUUGGAUUCUGGUGUGGAUUACCGUACAAAAAUAAGUGAAACAUCAUUCAAAGAAUCAGAUCUUCCCCUUUAUCUGGAUUAUUCAACUGGAAAUGAUGAUGUAAAUAAUCAACUUGAAAAAUGGUUUACAAAAUUAACAACUGAAGAUGGACAUGUUGGCCCACCAGUAAUUGGAGCAAUUUCAACAUAUGGACGUGUAGUUACCUUUAAACAAACUGGUGGAAAUAUUUUAAAAUGUACAUUUGCUGAGUUGUGCUAUGUGCCUUUAGGUGCCGCUGAUUAUAUGAGUUUAGCUAAACGUUUUCAUACAAUUAUUUUAUGUAAUGUACCACAAAUGGGAAUGCAUAAUUUACCAAGUUUAAAACGUUUUACACAUUUAAUUGAUGUUCUAUAUGAUACACGUACUCGUCUUAUUAUUGGUGCUAAUUGUUCACUUGAAAAUUUAUUAUUAUCUAAAAGUAAUACAUCUUCUAUUGAAUUACAAUUUAAUCAUCGUCAAUUAAUGGAUGAUUUAAAAAUGAACAUGGAUCAUCCAACAAAUAUGAAAGCAUCAAUAUUUACAGGUGAUGAAGAUCUGUUUGCUUAUUCUAGAACAUUAUCCAGAUUAUAUGAAAUGCGUUCAAAAGUAUAUUGGAAUCAAAGUGGACCAAACCGUGAAGUUGGUUAAGAAGAAAAGAGAACAUAAACAUUUUAUAGAAAGAUAGAUUAUCCAAUAGAGUAUAUAUUUGAUACAUAUUUACUGAAUAAUAUAUUUCUCUUUAUAUCUUAUUAUUUAUGACUUUAAAAAAACAGAAAGAACAAUCUUAAUUUUUCUGUUUAGAUAGAAUAUUAUACAUAGAUGAUUAGUUUAUGAUACGCUUAUAUUUUGUAAAAUAUAUUUUUCAUUAGCAUUUAAUAGUUUUAUAUCUAUUAGAUUCGUACUAUGUUCUAUUUAAAGAGAGUUAUGUAAUUGAGCACACACUAACUAUAUAUAUACUUAUGUUGG